GAGGGUGAGGACUUGUCGGCUUGGAUAGAGUCGGGGUUGGCUGACAUGUUUAAGGAGGGAGGGGAGAUGCAAGAUGCUGCCCCCACCACCGACAACAUGGACACUAACUAGUGUCAUCCAAGCAAACCUCCAGCACAGCGUGGCCGCUACGGCCCAGCUCAGACGCUGCCUGGUAGGUUUGCCAACAGCCAUUGCCCUCCUACAAGAACCAUGGGCGGGCAAUGGAUACAUACGCGGGCUGUCCGACACUAAAGGUAAGCUCUACUACUCCACGGUACAUGCCGUCCCUAGGGCAUGCAUCCUAACUACUAACAAUAUUAUUGCACAACCGCUCACUGAAUUCUGUUCCAGAGACCUGUGUGCGAUUAAACUACAAGUUCCACUGCCAACAGGCUGUCGCGACCUAGUCCUUGCCUCGGUGUACAUGCCCGGAGAGGACGAGCCACCGCCUGCCGAACUACUACGACUGGUCAACCACUGCGAGAGAUCAGGCCUCGCAAUAAUCAUCGGGGCCGACUCCAACGCACACCACCCGCUGUGGGGAAUGGAGACCAGCAACAACAGGGGUGUCACAGACAGUCCCCUAUGCCGUGGGUGCAUGGAGAAAGAAGAAACAGCCUCUCACGUGGUGCUGGAGUGCAGCGGAUUGGCCCCAUACAGGGCAAAACAUCUCGGAUCCCCGAGAGACCUCCCCGAGGUCCUACUCAACAUCAAAGGUCUGAUAGGAUUCCUCGAGGAGCUGGGCUGGCAAGACUAGCCCACCCCAUAUCACGCAAAAUAGGCGCAAGACGUCGAGUUGCGGAAAAUCGCCCGUACUACAAUACAA